AUGAACCGGAUGCUGCGUCUACGCACGCUUGCUCGAACAGAAGCGAAGAGGCACACCACGUCUGGUAUAGUGGCGUGGGACAGAGACCGCCUUCUUGUUAACAAGCAGAGCUUCACGCUCGCUGAUCUGCGGUCUAUGGUAAAGGGGCUCUGUAAGACUGUGCGGCUGCAGCUGCUGAAAGACGUUCUGCUGUUAGACCUUGACGAGCGGGACUGUGUUCGUCCGGGCACCACUGCGCUGCCCGGGCUGUCCAUAGACAGACUCGUCGAUCAUCCCGCUGAGCUGGCUACUGGCUGGAGUUUCUUGAAGCAUCCCAGCAACAAGCUAGACGACUGGCCAAAGUGGCUUCUUGACCGCGUGUUGGCUGAAGCAACGCUGCGAGAUAGGUUCCUCUGCGGAGUAGACAGCAGCCAGCAGCCAGCACGUGCGCUGUGGCGUGACUAUGCCGUGUGCGAGUACAUGCGGGGCGUGCGCAGAUUCAAAGAGAGCCUCUUCGCGCUUGUCCACCUGUCUGGCGGCGGACCCGGUCGAGGGACAGAGAUCACCUCGAUACAGUGCGAGAACAGCGCGGAAGGCGUAGGCUACCAAGGCGUAUUCGCAGAGGGGGGGCUGCUCUCCUUUACCACCACCUACCACAAAGGGUACAGCUUCAGCAAGCAUGUUAAAACAACUCACCGCUACGUGCCGCGAGAGAUGCUGCACAAUGACGUCACCCGUUGCACGGCCUUCAUCUGGGAGCCAGAGCCAGAGGAGCAGUGGGGGGAUGAUGGAGAGAGCGAUAGCGAUAGCGAUAGCAGUGACGAUAGAGAGGAGCUCAGCCAGUCGAGCCAGCAGAAGCCCAAGUCAGCUAACCUAGACGGAUACUGGGGUACUGACCGCAUACGCCGCGUCCUGCGCAAGCAGACUUUCUGCUACAUAAGCGCUGCUCUUGGUACUCACGCAUGGCGGCACGCUUAUCCUGCUAUUCAUCGAGAGCUGGCAAGGGACGGGCAAGCGCGCGAUUUUCUUGAGUUGCUCUACUAG